UUGGAUUAUUGUUUACUUUCACAGACAACACAUACAACACAUACAACACAACAGUAUUAAUGUAAUAAAGCAAUGAAUGAUAAGAUUAUUGAUAUUAAUAUUAAUAAUAUUUUUGCGAUUAAAUGACUAAUUAAGUGACUAUAGUAUGAAAAGAGUAUUGAUUUGACAUUUGAUUGUUUGUCAAUAUUUGUCACACAUUUAUAAUCAUUGCUUCAAAUUAUGGCCGGAAUUAAAGGUUUGUCACAAUCGAUGGUCACUUGAUUUUCAUUGAUAUUAAUGCCAAAUAAUAUGUCAUUUCAUGUGAUAUCUCGAAAUUUGAUGAAUUAUUUGACUUUUGUUAUCCAAUUAUAGCUUUGGUUUUAUUGGCUUUUCUCGGAUCAGUUGGUAUGACAUUAGUAGUGUUGGGAUGUGCUCUGCCAUCAUAUAAUUCUUGGUGGCCAUUCUUUGUGGUGAUCUUCUAUGUUUUGGCUCCAUUGCCUACAAUAAUAGCCCGAAGAUAUCAGGACGACGUCGGCUCGAGUAAUGCUUGCAAAGAGUUGGCUCUCUUCUUGACGGCCGGUAUUGUCAUAUCUGCAUAUGGAUUGCCAAUUGUCUUAAGUCGAUCACCGAUUACUCCAACAUCUGUUAUCGAGACCGGGGCCUGUAUUUUAGUAUUGUUUGGAAAUACAGUCGUAUUUUUAACAAUAUUAGGAUUUUUUAUUGCUUUUGAUAAAGACGAUGACGGAUAUAAUAUGUGGUAAUUUAUAAUACAUUAAUAAUAUAUUGAAUGAUUCACCACUUGUCACACGAUGUUCACAACAGAUCAGAUGAUCUAACUUUUAAUCAGAUCACUAAUAAA